CCUCGCUUUGAGUACAGAGCCAGAUCAUACUCUCAACAUGAAGCAGUUCUCGAUGGUUGUGGCCCUGGUGGUGGCCCUGGCAUGCCUGGUGAGCUGGACCAGCGCCAUGCCUGAGCCUGACCCCGUAGCUGACCCUGACCCCGUGGCUGACCCUGACCCCGGCUACCGUCGCUUCGGUGGAUUAGGAUAUGGUGGAUACGGCUUGGGUGGACUUGGAUACGGAUACGGAGGUCGUGGAUACGGAUACGGGGGCUUCGGAUACGGAGGAUAUGGUGGCGGAUUCUACGGAUGAAGACGCCGGAUACGAAAUGCAUGACAAUUUCAGACUAUUGCAAUAUUUUUUUUUCUGUUUCCUUUUCUUUUUCUUCUGAAAUAAAAUUCAUGGAU